UCACAAUGUGUACCCUCUUCGUCCACAGAAAGCAGCGUGGCCAUCUACUCGGCCACUUCCCGGGGAAGAAUGCAACUGAUCUACGGCGGGCAGCCGUUCAUCUUCGAGAAGACGCUGAAGCUAUCUUCGGGGGAGGAGAAGCGCUUCUGGCGCUGCAACCAGUGGUGGAACCAGAAGUGUCGCUCCCGCGUCUUCACCAUCAACGAUGUCGUCUGUCCGCUUAACCGAUUCCACACGCACGAGGAGAUUGUGCGGCGCAAGAAGCGCGUGCGUCGAGUGCCGCCUGUGGAGACAAUUGCCAAGGUGGUCACCACCACAGCAUCCAGGCAACAGCAGCAGCUGCAGCAGUCCCAGCAGCAACAAGACAUUCAGCUUACCAGCGAUGCCAUCCUGACCAAUGCUGGAGCCAUGCUCGAGGACGAAUCUCCGGCCACGAUUGAUGUCAGUGAGCUGGGAAUGCAUCUGAAGUACGAGGAAAUCGUAGCGGAUGUCACGGGCAUUGUGGGAGCCACGCGAGUGGUCAGUCGACGGAAGUGAAUGCCAACUUUUUACGAAGAUGACUGGAUUUUUUCUUGAGGAAAAAUCGCAUGGUCAGAUUUUACUCCAUAGAAAAUUCGAAGCACCAUAAUUUUUUAACUUGCCACGUACUAAGAGCUAGAUUCUUUUAUUGAAUUUAAAGAAGGCUAAUUACAGUUAUUAACCUAUAUAAAACACUUUAACUAUUAUUUAAGACACAAAUAUUUUUAUUUUAUUUUAUUUUCCGAACUUCCCCUUUGAUAAUAGCUGCAUAAUUUCAUAUGACAUUUCUGAGAAUCUUCUAUAGAUUAAUUUCUGUACUUUCUGUCGACUCGACUCGUUUUAGUCCCUUAGACGGACAAGCUAAGUUAGCAAUUAUGAUUCAGCUUAUAAAAACUUAAAUAUAUGUAUGUAAAUGUAAUAAACGUAAGCCCAAAACAGUGCAAUUGAAUUGUUUUAGAGUCCACGAAACUUCUUCAGCUGCAGUUUGAGUACUCUCCAACCUAAGUCGCACCUUACUAACCAACCGGAUCACAUACUUUUUCUUCCAGGUGAAGCUCCCCAAUUUUACUUCAGCAAGGGUCAGCGUGAGUCCAUCAAGCUGAACUACGGCGGCCACAGCUACGUGAAGUUCAUGGAGAACGGCCGCGGAACCAAGUGGAUCUGUGCCACCCGCUCCACCACAAAGUGUCGAGCCCGCAUCCGCACCACGAAGAACAAUCGCCUGGAAGUGCUGCAUGCCCCCCACAAUCACGAUCUUUCGCCGACGAAGAAAGAACGAGGACGACAUCGUCAAAGGAUGAAAUCCGGAAAGUAAUUGAGAGUAACUAGCAACACAGCCAACAUUGUACUAGGGGCUUUCUAGUAUUGAAAUACGUUUAAUUCCUUUUCAGUGUGGUUCAUAUGAUUUUUGUAAUGCGAAGAAUGAUCUUAUCAGACUAUUUGUUUAUAAUAUAAGCAAACUAUUACUGAAGAUGAA